AUGAUUCUUUCCUGCAUUGUGAACCCCAAGAUGAUUAGUGACAUGUUCAGUAAGCAUAAAUUCAUUUCAUUUGGAGACUGUGUUUCUCAGAUCUUCUUUAUUCAUGCUGUUGGAGCUACUGAAAUGGUGCCUCUCAUAGCCAUGGCCUUUGACCACUAUAUUGCAAUACAUAAGGCUCUCAACUACCUGACUAUUAUGAACCUUAGAGUCUGCAUAUCUAUUGUGAUAAUUUUCUGGACAAUUGAAAUCUCUCACUCCUUCUUCCAAUUGGCCUUUGUGAUUCAGUUGCCUUUCUGUGGUCCUAACAAAUUGGACAGCUUUUACUGUGACCUUCCUCGGUUCAUUAGACUUGCCUGCACAGACACUUACAGACUGCAGUUCCUGAUUAUUGCCGAUAGUGGAUUCAUCUCUCUGGGAGCCUUCUUCAUUUUGAUCAUUUCCUACAUUGUCAUCCUGAUUGCUUUCUGGCAGCACUCUUCUGAGGGUUCACCAAAGGCACUCUCUACACUGUCAGCUCACAUCUCUAUGGUGAUCUUAUUCUUUGGUCCAUGCAUCUUUGUCUAUAUGUGGCCGUUUCCCACAUUUCCGGUGGACAAAUAUCUUGCCCUGUUUGACUCAAACGUCACUCCUUUUCUGAGCCCCACCAUCUACACAUUAAGAAACAAAGAAAUGAAAGUGUCAAUGAAGAGACUGUGGAGUCAGCUCAUAAGAUCCCCAAGUAUGUCUUAA